AUGAUCUUCCCUGUAACGCUCUUAUCUCUAGCUGCCUCCGCUCUCGCCAGCGUCGUCCCCCAAGGCGCCAAUACCUGGAAAACCCUCGAGUCGAUACCAAUUGCCCCGCGACAAGAACAUGGCGUCGUCGCCCUCUCAGACAAGACGGUAGCCAUCAUUGGUGGAAUUGUCCCCAAUCCCGACGCCGAUGGCUUCCAGACUACAGCACUCAUGCAAUUCUACAACACGCGCUCUAAUUCAUGGCGGCGAUACGUUACAGAAGCGCCCGUCAAAGUCAACCACCCCAACGUCGCUGCCGUCAAUGGCAAGAUUUACUUGCUAGGCGGUCUAUCAGAUAUCACCGACGGCGCAUGGCGAGCAUUCCCAGAAUCGUGGGUUUAUAAUCCCGAUCUCGAUGAGUGGUCUGAAUUGGCGGCCAUUCCAGAGGACCAAGAACGAGGUAGCGCCGCCGUCGGUGUCUACGGAAACAUUAUCUACCUCGCUGGCGGAAUGCGAACACUGGAACCGACUGGUCCAGGCGGAGAGCAAGACACAGUCGACUUUGUCUCAGCUUUCGAUACCAAGACUUCAAAAUGGCUUGAUCUCCCCGCCGCUGCACGAACACUCCCCGAAGACCGCGACCACGCAGCCUCUUCAAUCGUCGGCAACAAAUUUUACGUUCUGGGUGGUCGUCUCCGCGGCCAGCGCAACGUAAAAGACACAGUCUUUAUCCUCGACCUCGAUAAUCUCGAGCAAGGCUGGACGACCAGCGAAGCCAAGAUGCCAACCCCCCGCGGCGGCGUCGUAUCAGGUACCGUCGGCAACAAGAUCUACGUUCUUGGCGGAGAGGGGAACGCUGAAGAUGGUUCGGAAGGGAUGUUUGAUCAGAUUGAGGUUUUCGAUACUGAGACUGAGACUUGGGAGGAGGUGGGAAAGAUGGCUGUGCCUAGACAUGGAGGACAGGCUGUUGCUGUCCAAGGAGGCAUUUACCUUCCUGGUGGAGGAAUAACGGAAGGUGGUUCGCCGGUUGAGACUCUUGAUGUUUACUGGCCGUGA